GUAAUAUCAAAAAGAAGAAAUGGCAGUGAAGUUGUCUAGAACAGUUAGUCAGAUAGCACACUUGUUCGUCCUCUAUGGACUAGCUUUGUGCUCAGAGUUGUUCCCUGAUGACGUCCUAACACCGUACACCCACCAUCACGGCUCUCGAAGGUUCACUCGAGACGUGCAAGACUGUAAACAUGUCAGUUGGGAGAAUGAGACAUACGAAGUCUUUAAGUUGAACAUUGAGAAGCCUCAAGUUGCAGCUCAAAUAUUAACACAUAAAUUUGCAGAUUUUGUUAGUGAUAGAUCUCUCCCUGGCAACCUCACAAGAUACUUAAGACACACGGCUCUUGGCUCUAUAGCAUACAUUGAUGAUCCAUACUACAUGCUGUCUGUUCUGGAGCCUGGUGGAAAGGACGGUUGCAAGAAAACCUUCUUUACAACUCGAAGGAGCUCAGUUCGAGAAACAGCAAGCAGCAGACCCAACGGAUGCAAGGUAGCUGUCAAUGCUGGCUACUUCAAAGUGAGCACCGGUGAAUGUCUUGGUAACAUUGUAUCUGAUGGUCAUUUGAUACAAACUAGUAACGAUGAGCAAAAUGCAAAUUUUGGAAUUCGAGAAGACGGCUCCAUCGUCGUGGGAUACCUAUCGGACUCGGAGAUUUGGAAUACAACCAAUCCAUUUCGGCAGUUAGUGACAGGUGUGGUGUGGUUGGUACGAAAUGGGUCAAGUUUUGUGAACGAGAGUUUACAACUCGAGUGCUCGAGUCACGAGGACACAGGCAGGAUAGAUACGUUUGCUAGCGUCCUCUCUGCAAGGACGGCAGUCGGCCAUGACAUCAAGGGGAGGGUGGUCAUUGUGCAGGUUGACGGACAGACUCAUCGACGUGGAGUGAGCCUCUGGCAGUUUGCAGAGCUGCUCAUCGCUCAUGGAGUGAUCAACGCCAUCAAUCUUGACGGAGGAGGCUCUAGCACGUUUGUCGAUGAUGGUACCGUCACAAACUACCCUUCCGACCAUUGCUGGGGUGAUCCCAAGUACCGAUGUGAGAGACACGUGUCCACCAUUCUGUGUGCCCAUGAGGCACAGUGUCUGGAGCCACUAUGUAACCAGCACGGGUCAUGUGACAAUGGCCACUGCUCAUGUGAUCCACCAUGGACUGGAGACACUUGUGAUAGACUCAACUGUGCACUCACCAACUGCAGCAACCAUGGAAACUGCUCCGAAGGUGAGUGUAGCUGUGAGUCAGGAUGGAUGGGCCCAGAGUGCAACACCAGUUGCCCUGUGAACAGGUAUGGCCCAGGAUGCACCUCCAGCUGCUACUGUUUUGGGCGCUCUUACUGUGACAAUGACACUGGGGCCUGUCUCUGUCCCCCUGGUUACACCGGCUACGGUUGUUGGAGAGAUUGUCCGGCUAACAAGUAUGGGCAGGACUGCGCCUUCAACUGCUCUCAUCGUGACUGCUCUGACCAUGGCAAGUGCUCCCCCGUUAAUGGCACCUGUCUCUGUGCGACUGGCUGGUCAGGACCUGCCUGUAAUGCCUCGUUGGAGGAUGAUCUAGACAGUCUCCUUGAGAAACAGAAGCUCCAACCAACACAGAUACUAACCACGCCCAGUAACGACAGCUGGUCGACUCCUCCCUCUAUACAACCAAGCUCCACCCACCUCGAUAGGCUACAUAUAACAAGUGCUACCGUGCAGUCAUUAGGGAGUUCCCCUAAAGAAACACCAUUAGAGCCGAAUGUCUUGUUAGGGAAUCCCCCUGAAGUGGCACGCCCACCAUUGGAGAACAUGCAUCCGUUGAAGGACUCGCCUAAUACGGAAAGACCUGAUCCACCUUUAUCACAUGACCACCAAGUCAUCAACCAGAACACACCACCCCCUACAGAGUGCCCUGCAUCAUCUAAAACUGUACUGUCUGUGAUCAUUGCUGUCAGUUUAUCGUCGGCAUUGCUCCACGUUAUAUUGUGUGUGUGGACCCACAGAACUCUCUAUAGGCAAAUCAGCAAAUGGUUUAACCGGAAAAUACGACCGAGACUAUCAAGAUAUCCGCACAAGAGGCGACGAAGAAAGAGAAGAAGAAAGCAGCACUUUGUUCCACUAACUCAACAGGACAGUUCUAGUGACUGCAGUAUAUGAGCUCUCAAUCUAUUUGUUUUGUCUGUCUGUGUUGCACACUUUCACUGCAAUUUAAUGACUUCAAAUAAUGUGAUAAAUCUA